AAAAGAACGAGGAAGAAGAAGCGGCUCACUCUGCUAUCGACUACUUUUCACUGAUCACAGAUACAUUCGUAAGCCUGAUGUGGGACUUCCUGCUUUUCACAAGAACCAGAAUUAGUCAGGCUUCUCUCCGAUAAUCCAAUACGCAAUCUACUCAGGUUUCAACGUUAUUUUGACUGUGUUGUUUUCGCAGCGGCCACCUGAGAGAGGAUUGCUUAACGACAUCAAAGUUAGCGUUAGCUAGGGUUAGUGAGCUGACGUUAACGGAGGGCUCUGCUGUGCUCUACUAGCCAUGUCCGCCUCGGCAGGAUGCUCCCCGGCGGGGCAGAGCUCGGGCCUCGGCCCCGGGAUGUCCAUGUUUCGCUGGCUGGAGGUGCUGGAGAAAGAGUUUGACAAGGCUUUCGUGGACGUGGAUCUGCUGCUCGGAGAAAUAGACCCAGAUCAAGUGGAUAUUACAUACGAGGGUCGGCAGAAGAUGACCAGCCUGAGCUCCUGCUUCGCUCAGCUCUGCCACAAAACCCAGACGGUCUUCCAACUCAACCAUAAACUGGAGGCUCAGCUGGUGGACCUGCGUUCUGAGCUGACUGAUUCUAAGGCUGAGCGAAAAGUGAUAGAAAGGGAGGUCCAUGAUCAACUCCUGCAGCUUCAUGCUCUCCAGCUGCAGCUUCAUGCCAAGCAAGGCCAGACUGAGGACUCUGACGGCAUCAAAGACAGAUUGCCUGCACCAACAAUGGACGACAUGGAACAGGAGCUGGAAGUCAGCAAGAAGGAGAAACUAGCAGAGGCCAGGUUGGAUGCAGAAGUGAGACUAUUUAAGAAGGAAAAUGAGGCCCUCCGCAGACACAUGGCAGUACUGCAGGCCGAGGUGUACGGAGCCAGACUGGCUGCCAAAUACCUGGACAAAGAGCUGGCUGGCAGGGUGCAGCAGAUCCAGUUACUGGGCCGUGACAUGAAGGGGCCAGCGCACGACAAGCUGUGGAACCAGCUGGAGGCAGAAAUUCACCUUCACCGCCAUAAGACUGUGAUCCGAGCAUGUCGGGGUCGCAACGAUCCCAAGAAACCUCUCCCCUCUCCUGUGGGCCAUGACCCAGACAUGUUGAAGAAAACCCAGGGAGUGGGCCCUAUUAGAAAGGUGGUACUAGUCAAAGAUGAUCAUGAGGGACUUGGAAUCUCCAUCACAGGUGGGAAGGAGCACGGCGUUCCCAUUCUAAUAUCAGAGAUCCAUCCAAGUCAGCCUGCAGACAGAUGUGGAGGUUUGCAUGUGGGAGAUGCCAUCCUCGCUGUCAACAGCAUCAAUUUGAGAGACGCCAAACACAAGGAGGCUGUUACCAUUCUGUCCCAGCAGCGAGGACAGAUAGAGUUUGAGGUGGUGUAUGUGGCUCCAGAAGUGGACAGCGAUGAUGAGAAUGUGGAGUAUGAAGAUGACAGCGGUCAUCGCUACCGACUCUACCUGGACGAACUGGAGGACAGCAGCACAGCGCCACCCAGGAACAGCUCGGCGUCACUGCAGGCUCUGGAAAAGAUGUCCCUGAGCAACGGAGGAGAGAACGGAGACACUGGGCUCUCCAGUGAGACGACUUCAGAGGAAACCCCUUCAAAGCCUCCUGAGACUGACUGCUCCCUGUAGAGGCUCAGCUCAGACACAAUCAGAGGGUUGAUGGAGAAAUCCCUCUUACAGAACUGAAUCAAAGAAUUCUAUGACAAGCCUAGGGACAAGGGAAAAUGAACAGAUGCUCUGUUUUCCCUUUUUCCUCUUGAUAUCCUGGGGUGGGGGGUCUGGGGUCUAACCUGGGCAUGUGGCAAUGAUCUGGGGUAAAAGUACACAUGAUGGAAGAGAUGUAAAAUAUGUUGAGGAGGUAUUGUUACAAACAAUGUGUGACCUUUUUUGGAUAUUUUAUUAAGGCAUAAUGCAGAUUGGUAGGAUAGCUGUAUUUGAGAAAGCUGCAGAAGGAAGUAGAUGUCGGCACAGUGACAUCAGGGAGGAAGAGGUUAUUGAUUGGAAUAUCCUCUUCCUCCCUUUGAAAAUGUUUGUCAAAGGCCCCUUUUGGUGAAACACUUGUAAAGUGUUUUACUUAUUCAUCUGGUCUUGACAACACUAUGACAAGACAAUGUUACCCUGCAGGGACCCUGGCACAAAACAAAAAUUAUCUAGGGAAGAAAAUGAAUGAGUGUAUAAAAAAAGAAAAGAAACAAUCUUAGAUGAAAGUGAUCGGUGUAGCUAAGCCAAUCACGCUUUUCACCAAUGUUCAAUCAUAUAAAACAUUUUGAAAUAAAUCAAAUAGAAAAUGCUCUAAAAUCUUGCCUGUGGUCCCAAUACACCUUUUUAACGUUUUUGAAAUGCAUUUAAACUCUAGUAGACAGUCUGUUGAAUGAUGUAUAUGGCUCUAAAUAUUGUAACAGCCACAUGAACAAACAUACUAAUAAUGAAAGCUAAGAGGAAUGAUGGGACAUUUCUUUUAAGACGUCCAGAGUUUAAGUGCUGAAUCAUUUUCUAUAGACAUCCAUAAAAUGUACAUGUGGACACCCAAUCAAUCAUACAGCAAUCUAUCAUAAUAUUGUUCUUUUUUUCUGUUAUUAAAUGAAGAAAUGUGUUCUAGAGGGCAAGGUGAUGUAGUUCUGUAGUUCUCGUUUCAUUUGACCCCAACGGUUCCUUUUUGUUGGCAGCGUGCUUCAUAAAGGUUUGACAAAUCCCAUUUCAGAGGCUCCUGAAAACCCCAUCAGGAACUGUUCUUAAUGCUAUGUGCUGUGGUUGUUGUCAGGACAGAAACCCCAUGGAGCGGCAUUAAGUACAACAAACUAUCAGAACUAUGCUAUAUGUCAAUUUUAGGCUGAUGUCAGCAAAAUUCUUUCCAUCCUCUAGAUCCUUUUGAUUAUACAUUUAAUUCAAUUAAAAUGUUUAAUUCUAAAUAACACUGAAAGUCCCUGAGGACUGUGUUAUUGACCUUUGAACCCUGUCCUAGUGUCCUAUCCUGUUUCUAUAGUGGUGGCUGUAGGAUAGAUGUGAACCUGUUCCCAUCACUAACACUGUCUGUUGGAUAUACAGCGGUGGGCACAAUAACACUUGUAUAAUAUAAUGUCAUUGAAUGCAAUCAUUCUUAAUGAGGUUUUUCUAAACCGUGUUGCUGUAUUCAGUAUUUCUUUAUUGUCACAUUACAUUAUAUUGUAUCACUGUAAUUUGUUAAACCUCAAAAAUAUAAUGCAGUGAAAUAUAAAAGAAACCCACACACUACACUUAACUCGUCUCUGCCAGGCCUGGACCAGCGUGCUGCUGGAUGCAAACAUAUUGAGUUGAAUCCGUUAUUGUCUCUUUCUCUGUCAUCACGGCUACCUGCCACUUCUUCCCAAAGGAACACAAGUGAGUGGAACCCUUAGUGAGGACGACUCUGUCACCUUACAGCUUUCAUGUGUCACUUUCUUUACUUGCUUUUUGUUAUUCUCUUUCCUUGGUGCUUAAACACAAACAAUGUGCAUCUUUAUAGGAAAUGUAUUCAAGUCAUGCGAUUUAUUGAGCUUUUAAAUAAAGUUUGGUUCCAGUUUG